AGGAGCAGGUCGCCUCUAGUGCGGAGUUCAACCCACACACUGCUGCGGCGGGUCAGAUUUGUGUUGUGUCUGAUCAACUUUUCCUUUAACCUGCCUCCCCCGCGCGCACCUGACAGGUCCGGCCCCGCGCGCGCGUGGCUCACUGUGUCCGGAUCACCUUGAGCGACACUCCGGAGACUGUCCCUUCUUUAGAUAAAUGAUUUAACUUGAGCAGCUCCCAGACGCGUUGGAUCUGAGUGCGCCGACAUGAGGAGGAGGGGCGGGCUGUGAGCGCGCGGACCUCGGCCUGGACACGGAGGAGUACACAUUUUGGAUUAUAUUUUGGAUGAUCUUGUUUCCUGGCGAGUGGAGCUGAGCGGCAGCGACGAUGCUGGGGGCCGAGGGCAGACUGGAGAGCCGGGUUCUGAAGCUGGAGGCCCUGGUGAGGAACCCGCAAUGGGCCCUGAACCUGGAGACUCUGCUGGACUCCAUCACAGCUCUGGCCCAUGACCUCAACUACCCAGCUCUGCGAAAGAACAAGAACAUCGAAGCCUUCCUCAAUAGAUAUGAGAAGGCUGUGUCACAGCUGAGGGAGCUCCAUGUGAAGCUGGAGGACUUUGAGAAGGUCAAGCUGAUCGGGAGAGGAGCCUAUGGGGAGGUGCAACUGGUUCGUCACAAGGCCUCUCAGAAGGUCUAUGCCAUGAAGCAGCUGAGUAAGUUUGAGAUGAUUAAACGUUCAGACUCUGCGUUCUUCUGGGAGGAGAGACACAUCAUGGCCUUCUCCAACAGCCCCUGGAUCGUACAGUUGUGCUGUGCGUUCCAAGACGAGCGGCACCUGUACAUGGUGAUGGAGUUCAUGCCCGGAGGAGACGUGGUCACCCUCACCAUGAACUACGACUUGCCGGAGGCGUGGGCGCGCUUCUACACCGCGGAGCUGGUCCUCGCCCUGGACGCCAUCCACUCCAUGGGCUUCAUCCACAGAGACGUGAAGCCCGACAACAUGCUGCUGGACCAGAGCGGGCACCUCAAACUGGCGGACUUUGGCACCUGUAUGAAGAUGGACCAGUCGGGCCUGGUGCACUGUGACACGGCCGUGGGCACUCCUGACUACAUCUCCCCCGAGGUGCUGCAGUCUCAGGGGGGAGACGGCCUGUACGGGAGGGAGUGUGACUGGUGGGCCGUGGGGGUCUUCCUGUAUGAGCUGCUGGUCGGUGAGACUCCGUUCUACGCUGAGUCUCUGGUCGGGACGUACGGUAAAAUCAUGAGCCAUAAGAACUCUCUGUGUUUCCCUGACGAUGUGGAGAUGUCUGCAGAGGCCAAGCAGCUCAUCUGUGCCUUCCUCACAGAGAGGGAAGUGCGUCUAGGUCGGACCGGAGUGGACGAAGUGAAAAAGCAUCCAUUCUUCAAAAACGAGCAGUGGACUUUUGACAACAUCCGAGGGACCGUGGCCCCGGUGGUCCCUGAGCUCCACAGCGACAUCGACACCAGUAACUUUGACGACUUUGAGGAUGAGCGAGGAGACGUGGAGACCUUCCCUCCGCCCAAAGCCUUCACCGGGAACCAGCUGCCCUUUAUCGGCUUCACCUUCUUCAAAGAGGACCAGCUGCUGAAGGGGGGUAAGGCCUCAGAGGAGGAGGAGGAAGAGAACCGUAAAGACCGCGCAGAGGAGAAGGAGGAGAGAGAGAAGAACGCAGACAAAAACUCUGAGCUCCAGAAGAAGGUCCAUGAUCUGGAGCAGAAGUUGGAACAUGAGAUGCAGGCCAAGGAAGAGCUGGAGCACAAGUGCAAGAACGCCACCAACCGUUUAGACAAGCUGGUCAAAGAACUGGACAAAGAGAUGAGCGGGCGUCAGCUUGUGGAGGCGUCCCUCAGGCAGAUGGAGAGGGACCGAGCUCUUCUACAGCACCAGAGCACGGAGCAUCUGAGGAGGGUGGAGCUGGAGGCCGAGAGGAAACGAGUACUGGAGAACGAACUAAACAACUUGAGGGACCAGCUGGAGGAACUGAGGAGGAGGAGCCAGGACUCCCAGAUCUCCAACGAGAAGAACCUACAGCUGCAGAAACAAUUGGAGCAGACCACACAGCAGCUUCAGGAGGAGCAGGAGAACGCGUCCCGGCUGAAGAAGGCGCAAGCCGAGGUGCAAAAACAACUUCAGACUCUGGAGGUCAGUCUGAGGGAGCAGGAGCAGCGCUGUGCCCAGCUGGAGCUCAGCACUCAGGAGAGGGACACAGAGCUGAGAGAGGCCCACACUCAACUGGAGGUGGAGAAGAGAGAGAGGAGCAACAAGAGCGACACCAUCAGUGACCUGCAGGGGCGUAUCUCAGCGCUGGAGGAGGAGCUGAAGGAGCUGAAGUCUUGUGUUUCCACAGCUCAGGCUGAGAAGAAACAGCUCCAGGACAAACUCAAUGAUCUGGAGAAGGAGAAGAGUAACCAGGAGAUCGAGUUGACGUUCCAGCUGAAGCAGGUGCAGCAGAGCCUGGAGCAGGAAGAGGCAGAGCACAGAGCAACUAAAGCCACUCUGGACCAUAAGCACCAUCUGUCCCAGAGCCUGGAGGAGGCCAAGUCUGAGGUCCAGAAGGAGAUGGAGCGAAGCUUGCAGGAGGAGCGGGCUCUCAAGGCUCAUCUGGAGAACCGGCUGCUGCAGAUGGAGAAGGACUACUCCAUGUUGGACUGUGACUUUAAACAGGCUCAGCACAGACUGGAGGAGCUGGGCGGGCACAAGGAGCACCUGACCGAGGAGGUGAAGUCCCUGAGCUCUCGUCUGGAGGAGGAGGCACACAGCCGCGCUCUGUCCCAGGCUGAGAUGAAGAUCCAGAAGCAGCAGAUCACUGUGUUCCAGACCUCAGAGAAGCAGCUCAAACAGGAGCUCAACCACCUGCUGGAGAUCAAGAGCGCCCUCGACAGGAAUAACCAGGAACUGCGCCGAGAGAAACAAGAGGCAGACGGGCUACUGAAGGAGCUCAAGGACCAGCUGGAGGCAGAGACCUACUUCACUACUCUGUACAAGACGCAGAUCCGUGAGCUGAAGGAUGAACGAGAGGAGAGGAGCCGACUGUGCAAAGAGCUACAGCAGAGGAUCACACAGUACCAGGAUGAGAGGGAGUCUCUGGCGUCACAGCUCGAGGCCAGUCUGACCAAAGCCGACUCGGAGCAGUUGGCCCGCUCCAUCGCUGAGGAGCAGUACUCGGCCCUGGAGAAGGAGAAGAUCAUGAAGGAGCUGGAGAUCAAGGACAUGUUGGCCCGACACAAGCAGGAGCUCAGCGAUAAGGAGGCCACCAUCAGCGCGCUGGAGGAGUCUAACCGCACUCUGACGGUGGACGUGGCUAAUCUGGCUGGAGAGAAAGAGGAGCUCAACAACCAGCUCAAAGAUCUACAGACAGAGCUGCAGAAGAUGAAGGAGGCGGAGAAGCAACAAAGCGCCAUCAAGGUGUCGUACGAGAAGCAGCUUCAGACCGAGAGGACGCUCAAGAUCCAGGCUGUGAAUAAGCUGGCUGAGGUGAUGAACCGCAGGGAGACCAUCAGCAGGGGGCAGCGGGGCACAGACACCACGAUACACCGCAGGGAGAAGGAAAACCGCAAACUUCAACUGGAGCUCAGGGCCGAGAAGGAGAAACUCAACAGCACCAUCAUCAAGUACCAGAGGGAGCUCAACGACAUGCAGGCGGUGAUCGCGGAGGAGACGGCCGUGCGUCUGGAGAUGCAGAUGGCGCUAGACUCUAAAGACAGUGACAUUGAACAGCUCCGGUGUCAGCUCUCCACCCUCAGUGUGCACUCUAUGGACUCCACCAGCAGCAGCGCCGACCUGGACACCACUGCAGAUGGAUACCCAGUGCGCAUCACCCACUCCCAAACGUCCGAGUCCAUGUUCCUGUACCAGCGAACCCACAAGUCGGUGUGUAUAGACACGCGCCCGGACCUCCGCUCGGACCCGCGCCCCCGGCUCCGCCCCCCGCACUCACUCCUCCACUCUGACUCCGAGUCCAGUGAGGAGGAGGAGGAGGGGGAGGCGGGACGGCGCCCCCUCGCUCUGACCUACCACGAGCCCCCUCCUCAGAGCGCAGAGCCGUGUGACCCGGAAGAGUCCAGGCUGGAGGGCUGGAUGUCACUGCCCUCUAAGAACUCCAAACGCUUCGGCUGGGACAGGAAGUAUGUGGUGGUGAGCAGUAAGAAGAUCCUGUUCUAUAACAGUGUGGAGGACCGGGAGCAGGCGAACCCCUUCAUGACCCUGGACAUCGAUAAACUGUUCCACGUGCGUCCUGUUACCCAGACGGAUGUGUACCGUGCUGACGCUAGAGAAAUACCCCGAAUAUUCCAGAUCCUGUACGCUAACGAAGGCGAGAGCAAGCGUGACCAGGAGGCAUGCGUGGAGCCGGUUGGCUACAGCGAGCGGCCAUCUUACAUCAGCCACAAAGGGCACGAGCUGAUCCCUACGCUGUACCACUUCCCCUCCGGCUGUGAGGUGUGUGCCCGCCCCCUCUGGCACAUGUUCAAGCCCCCGCCCGCCCUCGAGUGCCGCCGCUGCCACUUCAAGUGCCACAAGGACCACAUGGGCAGCAAGGAGGAGGGCAUCCCACCAUGCAAAGUGAACUACGACAUGUCCACGGCCAAAGAGCUCCUCCUCCUGGCGAGCUCUGCAGAGGAGCAGACGCGCUGGGUCAGCCACCUGCUCAAGAGGAUCCCCCGUAAACUCUCCACCCUGAGCUCCCCUCCAGCCGCCCUGCCUCCUGCACCUCUGCCCUCCACCCCGGAGCUCCAGCACAGGUCUAGUCCCAGAGUCUCCCCCAGGGCCUCCCCCAGAGCCUCCCCUCGUAUGUCCCACCGGGGAGCCAUCAAGAUCCAAGCCAGAAGCAUGCAGCAGCAACAGCAGCAGAGCUCGGGCAAAACCAGAGUGCUGGAGUUCGGCCUGCCGGGCUGGACUUGGGCUCUGGAGGAGGCCGAUAGCGAUGAUGACGAUGAUUUCUUCUAAAGGAAACCUAAUGAUUUCCUGUUAACCCCGGCCGAAAACCAAGCACAGCAGCAUUCUGGCGUUUGAAAAGAUGAAAUUUUGGACUGAGAAUGUGUUGUUUGCUCAAAAAGGACAUCUCCACCAGCUGCCUGUUGUCAUGAGAACCAACGACUAUAUUUGGCAUUUUACCACGACAGGAAAAAGCAGCCGUUGUGUCAUAUCAAAAAAUGGGGAAAUAUAUCAACUUUCUGUUUGUCAUUUUGAAAUUUUAUCUCGAUUUGAAUGAUGUGAGACGUGUGUACAUUUGUAUAUGGGAAGAAAAUGUUUGUUUUUAUGAAUGCCAGAAGUGCAGUAGCUUAUUACAGUGAGGAUGUAUUUCUGAGCAGUGUUACAGAGAUGUGAAAUUUUGGACUGGAUUCUACAGAACUCAAACUAGAAUGUGAACAGUGGCUUUCCAUUUACAUUGAUCCAAAUAAAUUCUGUUACUUUUGAUUGGAAGAAA